AUGAUGAUCACCUUCUUGUUCUGUUAUUUCCUUCUUUCUCUUGCUUUCUUCUUCACUCUCAAGCUCUUCGUUCAAAAUAAGAAGUUCAAAAACAUCCCACCUGGUCCACCUUCUCUUCCCAUUAUCGGCAACCUCCACCAACUGAAAAAGCCACUUCAUCACGCCUUUCACCGGAUUUCUCAACGUUAUGGCCAAAUCUUUUCUGUUUGGUUUGGCUCUCGUCUCGUGAUCGUUGUGUCAUUGCCUUCUGCAGUCCAAGAAUGCUUCACCAAAAAAGACAUCGUCCUGGCAAACCGACCUCGCGUUCUCCUCGGUGAGCAUAUUGGCUACAACUCCACCACCUUAAUGUUCACUCCCUACGGCGACCACUGGCGCAACCUCCGCCGUAUCACGGUGGAAGAGGUGCUCUCGAACCACCGUCUCAACAAAUUCUUGGAAAUGCGAAGAGACGAGGUGAAGCGCCUGGUGCAAAAACUUGUUCAAGACUCAAAUAAUACGGUGUUCGCCAAAGUGGAGAUGAAAUCAAGAUUUUAUAAGUUGACCUUCAACAAUAGAAAAAGGUACUGGGGAGACGACAAUGAGGUUGGGGAUGUGGAAGAGGCAAGAAAGAUUCGAGAGAUUAUAAAACAACUGGUGCCUCUAGGAGGGGUAAAUAACAUAGCAGAUUUCUUGACCAUACUCAGGUGGUUUGAUUUUGGUCACUUGGAGAAGAGGCUCAAGGGUUUUGCCAAGAGAGCCGAUGGUCUCUUGCAAGGUCUCAUUGAUGAGCAUCGAAAUGCAAAGCAGAGAGCAAAUACUAUGAUCGACCAUCUUUUCAGUCUCUAA